AUGAUAAUACCAAAUUUAGAAGAUGUUCCGUUAUUCACCAAAUUGAGAUACUUACCCUUUAUAACAUUUUUGUUUGUUGGGAUUGGUCUUCUAUGGCCAUGGAAUAACAUACUGAGUGCUACUUUAUAUUUCCAAAAUAAUCUAUUUCAAUCAACUACUGUUUAUGCAAAAUUUUUCACAUCUUCAAUGAUGACGACAUCUACUAUUACCUCAUUAAUAUUCAACUUAUAUCUGUCAAAAAGACAGCAUUCUUAUAACCAACGUGUAACAAGAGGAUUAUUUUGGCAAAUACUAACAUUUCUCAUAUUAACUCUACUUUCCUAUAUUGUUACUUUGAUCAAGUAUAUCCCCGUGGGGUUAAUCUUUCUUUUAGUAAUGAUCUUGGUUGGAAUGAGUACCGUUGCUACAGCAUUAACACAAAAUGGAAUCAUGGCUAUUGCAAACGUAUUUGGACCUCAGUUUAGUCAGAGUGUAAUGUUGGGACAGGCUGUAGCUGGAGUCUUGCCUUCAACAGUACUAUUUUUUGUUACUUUAAUUAAAAACGAUAAUCAAGUGAUUAAUGAUUCAGAUACAGAGACUAUGAAUACAAGUGGGGUAUUAUUUUACUUCAUGACUACAGUGGUGGUUUGUGUGUUUAGUAUAUUUUUGUAUAGAAUGAGUAAUGUUAACGGAAUAUUAUUUACUAUGGUAAAAACAGGUAAUAAAAAUGGAAUUAACGUUUCAAGAGACGGAUUAGUAGAUCAAGGUAAUAAUCUUCUAAAUUAUAAUGAAGCUGUAAGGGAGCAAGACAAUAAUAUUCAUAAUAGAAUGAGCACAAUACCUCUAGGGGUACUUUAUCGCAAAUUAAAAUACUUGUUACUAUCGAUAUUUUUCACAUUUGUAGUCACAUUAAUCUUCCCAAUAUUUGCUUCCACAAUUAAAGUAAAUAAAUUACCAUUGGAUAAUACACAGUUUGUUCCAUUAGUCUUUACGGUAUGGAACAUUGGUGAUCUUUACGGUAGAGUAUUGGCAGACUUACCUACUUUCAAAGACUCCAGAAUCACUCCAAGGGUUAUUUUCACCUAUUCCCUAUCAAGAACUCUUUGUAUCCCAUUAUUUUUGUAUUUCACAGUAAAAAAUCAAAAACCAAUAAACAAAUUAUUAUGGUUAGAUUUAACCUAUAUUUUGCUUCAAUUUCUCUUUGGUGUAACUAAUGGACAUGUGAUAUCGUUAAGUUUUAUGAAAGUCCCUGAACAGUUGGAUACAAACGAGGAGAAAGAAGCAGCAGGCGGGCUGACCUCUGUGUUUGUCUCUAUAGGGCUUGCAGCAGGGAGUUUGGUCAGUUAUGUAUUUGUAGCCAUAAUUGGCAAGUUGGGUUGA